AUGGCAGUGUUCUUCGAUCUUGAUGACGACGACUGCUCGUCUAGCCCCGACAAGGGAGCAUCAUCCCACCAAAAUCAGCUGAAACAUGCCGUCAAUGGAGGACCCAAUGGAGCGAGCAGGAUUUCCGGCAUCGACAACGUACAAGUACUGUCGUCGACACCCAACAAACUGGCUACCGCAUUGACGUGCUAUCCUAUUGCCCUGUCUCUGUCCUCCCAUCUAGAUCUCAAUGAUCUGCACGCUCUCGCCGCAACUUGUCGAAGUGUCCACAAUGGCCUUACACAGUAUGCCCAUCAACUCAAGUCUCAGUCCCUGCGUUGCAUUCAUGAUGGAAGACCGGUGCUAGUUGAAGCACUUCUGGCACAAAGAGACAGAUCCUAUACUGAAGACGCCUCUGGGAGUACAGGCCUGCUUCGAGCCCCUGCAAUCUCGCAGAUGCAGGCAACAGCCGAAGCUAUCGCAGGAGGCUGGCCACCUCAGCGUCCUGGGGGUCUCUAUGCAUCAAUGGGCCUUUCCAGCAAGAUCAGCUCUUGUGCUCGAGAUUUGGUGGCUCCAUGUCGCCGAUGUGGAACGGUCGUGUGCCGUAACUGUGCCGCCAAAUCUCCCAGCACUGUGAGACUAAAGGACCGCUUUCGCCGACUUUGCAAGACCUGUCUCGACGCUCCAAUCGAAGCGCAUCUGCAAGCCAUUGGCUCUGCCGACGAUGCCAGCGAUGGUGCUCCAAUAUCUAGUGCGAGUUCGAUGCGAUCUGAGCGGUCUGCUUCCAACUCAUCCACAAUGGGCACUAUCGCGGGCCUGGAGAAUCACGAGUCGAACACCAGCUCGGACCGUUGUUUUACUUCUUCUGCGUUUCUUCGAGGUCCCUGCACCUGCGAGACUCGUGGGGUCUUUUUGUGUGCCCCCUGCGGCCAGAGCCUGCGGGCGGCCGACACCACUUACAAGAGAGUGUGGACCUGGCGUUCUCGGUAUUCGACGCAUAUUGGCGACGGCUUAGGUACAGGUUUGGGAUUGGGGAACCAAGCCCAAAAAUGCGGCCGUGGGGAGGAUUGCCUGGAGACGAGCGGCAAAGCCAUCUGCUGGGUGGAGAUUGAUUGCUCUGAGGGUAAAGUGCAUGAUGCGUCCGAGGCGGACAGGAACAGCCUCAGCCGAGUCGGCACUCCAGAUUCGGCCUAUGGCAGCAACAAGCCUGGAUAUCUCCAGCAAGAGAUCGAGGGCAUAGGAGGUGUAGUCAAGAAGAAAGUCAAGAAGCGUGUCAAGGUCGGAGCGGGGGUGUGGGAAUGGGAAGAUGAGAGGGAAAGUGGCAAAUAUCUAGAGAGGGAAGCCCAAGGGACGGCGCGCAGUUGGUGCGGCUGGUGUGGGCGGGUGUGUCCCUCCGAGCAGGACAGACGUGAGUCUUGCAUGGACUUGGCAGGCAUGGCAGUCUAG